AUGGCACAAGUCUCAUUUGCACCUGCUAUAGCAAGCCCGAAACGGCACUAUUCCCUGUUCAACCGUAUAAAAGCCCUCCUUACUUCCAAAUCAAAAACAUCCUCGCAGCAGACUGAACGCCAAAUUGAAGACUACCGUUUGGGUUACCCACAACUCUCCGCCCUUAUCGCCGCAGACAGCUGCUUCCACAUUUGCCGUCGUUUCUCCACACUACGCGCCCGACUCCUGCUACUCAAGCAGGACAAGAUAUCUUUCCUUGAGCAGCAGCUUGAAACCACCGAUCACGAUGAGCAAGCCCCACUAUUCCUCAGUUGCAGCCGGCUGGAUCAAAACAGUAAAAGACUUGCCUUGUUGUCUGAAAUCGACGCAAGAUUAGCAGAUUACGAUGCAUUUGUCAAACGAGGAAAAGACAUUCUAGCUUUCGACAAAGCACCCAACCGCAGCAUCCAGAGUCUGAGAAACUUUAUCGCCAACACUGCGUGCCUCGGUCGCAACGAACGCGAAUACUUGGCCCAGGAGCGUGAUCUGAUGACGCUGGGCCCGGAGAAGGAGUCUGGUGUGGAAGCGUUGGAGUACUGCAUCGAGGACUGCAUUGUAUCCGUCAUUGACCGGUUUAAAAAGGGUCCGAAAAGAUGCAUCUCCCGCGACCCUAAUAUCUUCAUCUUCAACGUCUCACACAGCGCGACCAUAACCCGCUUUCUCGUUGCGUGUAUCGUCGUCGCUGUCCUGCUUGCACCGGUUCUUCUCUGCAGCUUACUAGAGGGAGAGAAGAGUCGUAUGAUGGUUGUUGUUUUUGCAACUGUGCUCGUGGUUGCCAUGUUGUCGAUGCUGGGCAAGACAAAUACGGUGUCGCUUUUCAUCGCUGGUACUGCAUAUGCAACAGUGCUAGUGGUAUUUGUAUCGGAGCAAUAG